CUUCCCACAGGGUUUCCUUUUGAGGAGCAGCGAGAGCGUUCAUCCGACUAUGGUAGUAGCAAUAAAGCAGAUCCUUAUCGCUCCGCUUACUCUCAACAACACCACUAUCAUCCUCACCAUAACAGUAGCCAUCUUAGUAAUCAAUCAAACUGUUCUCCUUAUCUUGGAUCAGGAACCGGAUCACCCAACCCAAACGAAGACUUCUCAUCCUCAUUCGAUUCACGAUUUUCAGGCACGAGCCACCAACAACUUCAACCGCAACAGCAAAAUAAUAACAACAACAGUCAACAGUACUCGACGCGAGACCUGGCUGGCCAGGGAUCAACUCAAGCACUCUCAGCUACAGGCCUCGACACGAACAAUGUCAAAAGACAACAAAGAAACAUUAAAUCCAGCGAAGUUGUAGAGGCAGCACAGCCUUUAGGUAACGAUAUACCCAUGAUGGCCAUGGGCAGUAACAACCUCUCCACAGGAACGGAAGACAAGCCACAGUCUACCACUCAACUUUCUCAGUUCUCCAAAACGGAUUCAUCUGGAAAAACCAAGAAGGCUCCUAGCAAGAUUGAAGAGGAAGAAAAUGAUGUAAUCCUCCAAAAGCUGGGAGUCAUUAGCGCUACCGACAACAAUGGGACCCGCAGUAAGGGAUCUCGAAGCGGGAUCUCCUACGGAAGCGGUCGCUCUCGUGGUAGAAGGAGCCAGUGGGCAGAUGAAUCCGGAGAUGAAUAUGGUCAUAAUCAUAAGGGUCGCCGCCUUGAUCGAAUCCGAAGAGGACAUGAAGCGCAAAGAUGCUGUUGUUGCACAACACGGACUUGCGUCUUCCUCACAUUUGCACUCCUCAUUUCCUUUGCUUUGGCCUUGUACUUUUUGGUACCUAGGACACCCUAUUUCGCGUUCGAAUCUGUCACACCCAAUGGACCACCUGUGAUUACUAAGGACCGGAUUCGAGAACCUUUUGCAAUCCAGAUAUUGAUCGAUAGCAAGAGCAACUAUGUGCCCAUCCGUAUCGAUGCUAUUGAAAUGACUGUAUGGCUCCAAUACAACCGGACCAAAAUAGCAGACAAUGACGACAUGGCAUCCUCGUUUGUAAUCCAACCCCGAGUCGAUCAAGUGAUAUCGAUUCCCAUGAUACUUAAUUACAGAUCUUAUCGGAUGGAUAUCAGCACUGACAAAGUUCUUCAAGAGUUAGUGGAAGCAUGCACCUAUGUUGAUCUCGACUCGUUGGAUGAAGGGGUGAUGGUUCCAGGGAUCAAUCUUAUUGUAGGCGGGAGACUGCACAUUUGGGGUUUGUCUUGGAUCUGGAAACCUACGUUCAGCUUCGAUGCUGAUAAUGUACCCUGUCCUGUCAAUUCUCGAGAUCGUCCUGCGGGAAUAAGCCCAGGUGGUGAUCCCGGAAACCCUUCAACUUCCUCGAUAGUACGACCUGUUCCGGUCCCAUCUGCGACUGCUAUGAUGACCAGCAUUGUUUAAGACUCAUUAUCGUCCUCUCUCUCGCU